CGCCAUCUCAUGGCGCGGGCUCUCUCCCCAGAAUCACACCUCGACUCACAACCACAACCCUGCCCAUAAAAUAUGGGACUCUUCGGUCUCAAAUACACUCGAAUAUCGGGCUUGUCGCUAGGAGGAACACGCAGGUCCGGCGGCCUCCACUCGGUCGUCCGACUCCAACACUCGGCGGCACCAAAGUCAAGUCCGCGUUCGCUAUGGAGCUACAGAACAACGAGGGCCUUCGUGUACUCUUCCGCGUUUGUCGGCGGUGUCUGGCUACUAGACACUCAGUUCAAUGCCUCCUCCAUAACCAGAAACUUUCGCACUCUAUGGACUUUCUCCUUAAUUGCAUUAGACUAUAAACUAAAUUUCACGGAAGAGAAGAGCGAACAGAUACCAGAGCUACACCAGCGAGUUGCAGAUAGAAUGUAUGACUUGUUGACGACUAACGGAGGACUAUACAUUAAAAUAGGACAGGCAAUUGGCAAUAACGCUGCACUACUUCCGGCACCAAUGCAAGAGAAAUUUUCAAAGCUCUUCGACGACGCGCCCCAGGUCCCGUUCUCCGAGGUCCGUGCGGUCAUCAAGUCCCAAUUCGGGAAAGAGCCCGCCGGACCAGAUGGACUCUUCGAAGAAUUUGACGAAAAGGCAGUCGCAAGUGCAAGCAUCGCUCAGGUACACAAAGCGAAGCUCAAGGCACCCGACGGAAACGGCCCCGUGGUCGCCGUGAAGAUCCAGAAGCCCGCGGUCGGCCAACAAGUGGAGUGGGACCUGGGCGCAUACCGGAUAGUCAUGUGGCUCUACGAGCACUACCUCUUCGACAUGCCCGUCUAUUUCCUCGUCGACUUCAUUUCCGAUCACCUGCGCCGCGAACUCGACUUUGAGCUCGAGGCUCGGAACGCGGUGGAGACCGCGCAGUACGUGGCGUCUGAGCCGACGCUCGCGGGCCGCGUGUACAUCCCCAAGACCUUCCCCGAGUUAUGCACGAAGAAGGUCCUCGUCGCCGAGUGGAUCGAGGGCGUGCGCCUGAGCGACCGCGCCGGCAUCUUCCGGCUCAUGGGCGAGCGGGACCCGCGGGCGGUGUCGCAUCCCGCGUCUGAGCCCGCGCUGGCGGCGGAGGUGCCGGCGCGCGCUCCGCUGAAGGGCGGCGUCGCGGCGAUCCUGGACACGAUGGUGCAGCUCUUCAGCGCGCAGAUCUUCAGCUGGGGCUGGGUUCACUGCGACCCGCACCCCGGGAACGUCAUCGUGCGCGAGCACCCGGCGCGGCGGGGGCACCCCCAGCUCGUCCUGCUCGACCACGGGCUGUACGUGCGCGUCUCCGAGACGUUCCGCAGGCAGUACGCGACGCUCUGGCGCGGCCUGGUCACCAUGGACCGCGACACGAUCCGGGGCGUCGCCGAGGCGUGGGGCAUCGGCACGCCGGACCUCUUCGCGAGCGCGACGCUCAUGCGGCCGGUGCGCUUCGGGGCGCAGAAGGACGCGGAGGCGUUCGAGGCGCUGAGCCAGUACGAGCGGAGCGUGCGCAUCAAGGCGCGGCUCCGGCGCUUCCUGGCCGACACGGACAAGAUGCCGAAGGCGCUCGUCUUCAUCGGCAGGAACAUGCGGUCAGUCUCCCCGUGCGCGCCCCCUUGGAUCGUGCAGGGAAACAAUCAGCUGUUUGGCUCACCCGUUAACCGGAUCCGCCUCACGGGCGAGUGGGCGUCGAGAUCACUGGUCACCGACCCCGCGCUCUCGCGCGCGCAGCGCCUGCGCGCGUACGUCGCUUACGCCGGCUUCGUCUUCGCCACAGUCGCCCUCGACCUCGCCUUCUACGCGUCGCGCGUCCGGCAGUGGGUCGGCUUGCGGCUCGGGUGGGCGAGCGCCGGGUUCGAGGACGAGCUCGAGCGGACGAUGAGGGGCAUCGCGAAGACCAAUUUUGGCGUUGACAUCUCCGCGACGGCGUUCGAGGGGUGAUGGCACGUCGCCGUGCGAGCGACCUGGGGGGCGGUGGG